AUACACUCCAAAAUUACCCAGAAAUUUAAUUCAAUCCAGACUAAAGUCCUCACUUGCCAAAAAUUUCUCCUGCCAGAUACUUAAAAUUUAUGUUAUCUUGACUUUCAGCUUACAUUAUGUUUUGAGACGCGUACCAAAAAACAUUAAGUAUUAUUUUUUUUGCAAUAGUACCUAUACCUGAGUAGUUUCAAUUAAGUAUUGGAAAAACUCGGAAAAUAAGUUACAAUGAAGAGCUGAUUGAUUAUAAGGAGGGAAAUGGAAGGGCUGACGAUGAGCGCUGAAAGUGAAAGUAACGGAGAUGCAGAUUUGGAACUAAACAACGUAAAAACUUUACAAGCGUGCCUGUUUCCGCCUCAACUGACAUCAUCAGGCAGUUAUUUUUCCAAUUUCUUUGUAAAAACUUGUCAAAUUGAAGACGACGAUGAAUUACGCUUGAAAAUCAAAGAAUCUUUUACGCUCAGAGAACUUUUUCCAGCGACCAAAGAUACUGCCUUUGUCUUACAACCGCCUAGAUGGCCUACAGAAUGCCAGGUUUUAGAAGACAAAAUUGAACAUAUUAACUAUGUGCCAGCCUCACCAGAGCCUUAUUAUAUUGUAACUGGUAACGAAUGUGAACCGAAACCUUCUGGAGAGGAAUUCGGACUGAUUGUUUAUCAAUAUACGCCAAUAAGUGCUGUCAAUUAUUUUAGUAGAUCUAGUGUAGGAGGUAGCAGGUAUUUGCUCUCCUCAACCAUUUGUCCAGAGGAAGACAGUCUAAGAUUUGAAUCAAGAUUCGAAUGUGGAAAUUUGGCCAGAGCAAUUCGGAUUACUCCGAGCUACUACGAGCUGCACCUCAGGGCCGAUCUGUACACGAACCGCCACAUGCAGUGGUUCUAUUUCAGGGUUUCGAAUACCAAAAAGAAUUUUCUUUAUAGAUUUUCUAUAACAAAUUGUUCAAAGGAAAGUAGUCUUUACAAUGAAGGAAUGCGGCCUUUGAUGUAUUCAAAAAAGGACUCGCAAUUGCAUUCUAUUGGUUGGAAACGUUGCGGACAAAAUAUUACGUACUUUUGUAAUGAUAACGUUACAUCUGAAGAUCCAGACCAGCCUCAAACCUACACGUUAACCUUCACAGUGACUUUUCCGCACGAUGAUGACGAAGUCUAUUUGGCCCAAUGUUAUCCUUAUACUUAUUCAAACCUUCAGGAACAUUUGGCAGAAAUUCGAGCGCACCCUGUCAAGCAAACCUACAGCGCAGUGAGGCUUUUGUGCAGAUCUUUGGCAGGCAAUGAUGUUUAUUUUGUUACAAUUACUUCGCCUCAAGUACCAGGAGAACCAAAGAAAAAACGAGCUGUAGUUCUUACGGCUAGAGUGCACCCGGGUGAAACCCCGUCCUCCUGGAUAAUGAAAGGGAUUUUGGACUUUUUAACUGGGGAUUCGGCUCCAGCAAAAGACCUCAGGGAUAAGUUUAUUUUCAAAAUUGUCCCGAUGCUGAAUCCAGAUGGUGUGAUUGUUGGUAAUAACCGGUGCUCGUUGUCCGCAAAAGAUUUGAACCGGCAAUACAGGACGGUGAUGCGGGACGCUUAUCCGUCUAUUUGGUAUACCAAGUUGAUGGUUAGAAGAUUAUUAGAAGAGUGCGGUGUCGCUUUGUACUGUGACUUGCACGCCCAUUCCCGCAAGCACAACAUAUUUAUCUACGGUUGCGAAAAUAGACGAGGAGCUGACAGAAGACUGCAAGAGCAAGUUUUCCCUUUGAUGUUGCACAAAAACACUGCCGACAAGUUUUCCUUUGAAAGCUGCAAAUUCCGAAUUCAAAAGGCCAAAGAGGGAACUGGAAGAGUUGUAAUGUGGAUGAUGGGUAUAGCGAAUAGUUAUACAUUGGAGGCUUCAUUUGCUGGUUCGAUUUUGGGGGCCAGAAAUGAGAGUCACUUUAGUACGCAAGACUAUGAGCAAAUGGGGAGGUCUUUUUGUCAGACUUUGUUGGACUUUUAUGAUGAGGAUCCAAGAAAAGAGAAAUUGAGAACCAAAAUUAUUGAGAGGUUGACCAAAGAAGGUUCCAAUGCUGACGAGCCCACUAAUAUUCCUCUAAGCGAUUAUUCGAGUGAUGAAGGUGAUACAUCUAGCAGUAGCGACGAAGUGGGCAGAGAUGAAAAAGAAGAAGAAGAAGAAGAUGAUGAUUUAGUGGUGCCUCAGCCUCCGCCACCUUCUCCAACAACCAAAAAACGUUCCAAGCUUAAACUGUAUACAUCACGCAGUCCAGGAGCUCAAAGGAAACCUUUACCGAUUUGUAAAGCCACCCUUAAGUUAUCUUUAUCGGAUAAGGAGUAUAUUGAAACUAGUUCUGAUAGUAGUGAGGAGCAAGAGGAAAAAAUUCAUAAAACGCCUAUUAAGUUUAGGAAAAGGAAAAAGAAGAAAAAAGCUAUUAAGAAACAGCAAUUACAGGAACAUUCCGAUAGUGAAGUAAACUACAAAAAGGCCCCAACAACUUUGUCAGUAUUCGAUUUAAUUGCCAACGAAAAAAUUCCCCGUCAAAUUACAACGCAGCGUUCGAAAACACCUCAACCAAAGAUUCAGCGAAACGAAACAACCAGACAACUAUCCGAAGUGCAAGCCAAAUUGUUCACUUUGAAAAACAAGUUGUGGUUUGGGGCUGGACAAGGGGAUUCGCCAAUUUGUUGGGGAACUGAUAAUAUGUUGAAGCAAAAGUUUGUCAAAAAGCCUCAAAAAAACAAUAAUAAAAAAGACUCAAAACUCAAAGAAGACAAACCUGAAAAGGCUGGAAAGAAAUUACAAAAAAGCGGAAUAAAGAAAAGCCUGAAGAAAUCGAAAAGCUUGCAAGAUGGGCCUCAAGCUGAAGCGGAGCCGCAACCAAAAUCCAAGAAAAAGAAGAAAAAGGGCAAUUUUUCGAAAAAGGCCAAAGCUGUCAGCAACGCUAAGAUUUUCGUGACGGCUUCUUGAAAGAGACUGAUUUUAUGUCUUGGUAUUUUAAUCUUCGAAUUUAUUUAUUGAUAUUUGAAUAAACUUUGUUUGUACUUAA